AUGAAUUAAAAGGAAUAAAUUAAUCCAUUUAAAGCGUAUGGAACGAAGGAAGUUUGGGAGAAAAUAAAUGAGUCUGGAAAAAACAAGGAAGUAACCUUAUAGUUAAAGAAUUAGUACGUGAGAUUUCCAGGGAUUGGGAUCGAAUAAACCCCUUUUUAUUAGAUGCAAAAACAACAUGCGGAAAAAAAUCAAAGUAAGAAGCAGGAUUUUCUUAGCAAACUAAAUAAAUUUGAAUAUUUCCCAUCUGGAAAUUAGAAAAAGUUAGACAUUUAAGGAAUGGUAUUGUUACAUAAUAUAAAAUCAGUUUUCUCAAAUUGAUGAUGUAAAGAAAUACUAAGCUAGAAUGGAAAGGAUAGACCCAAUUAACAAAAAUUGUAAUUCUUGGAUGUAAAUAAAAUAGUGUUGUAACACAAAUUGCACAAAGCAUUAGAAACUGCUUCGUUUUUAUGGGGUGAAUAGGUCAGACAUGAUGGGAGUUUGGGUACAUUGGACUCGAUAAACAAUUUAUUGAAUCAAUCAUAAAAGAAACUUGAAUAAAGAAAUCAGAGUUCAGAAUUUAUAUUUACAAAGGGUCAUCAUAAGGUAAGGCUUGGACACGAAAUAUGA